CAUUGUGUUCACUUAUGAUGAAAACAUUUCUGCCAGGAAUGGUUCCUUCAGCUGAUCAGGCUUAUAAGCAAAAUUUAGGUUUGAAAUUUAAAUUAUGGCACAAAGUGCAAAUGUAUCGGAUAAAAGCAAGUCAAUCAAAAAAAAAGUAUUGACUAGCGUAGAAUAUGCACUAAUUUGUCAGUUUAUUAAUGAAUUCGGUGGUGGUGGACUCCCAAUGGACUGCGAGCUAAAUAUGGUAAAUCGCGUUUUCACUGACAUUGAACCACUAGCUCUAGUGUGUAUAUUACAAACGCAACUAUAUAACAAGGUGCGCGGUCAGCAUUGGCGCCAUGACAACCGCGCCAAAAAGCUGUUAAAAAAUUACGAUGAUCAGUGUCACUUGUAUAAUGAUAAUAAUCUUCUUACGCGUAUGGCUUGUGCGGAAUCAAUAAAUCCCAUAUCGUUGUGUCGUCUUCUACUGCAAGAGAAAUAUGAUUUGAGACAAAGACCUAUCGUUUCCCAAUUGCUCAAACAUCCCCAUUUAAUAAACGAUGCACGGCUAGCCGCCAACGUACAGCAGUGUUCAUACAGCGACAAUCAAGAGGGACCUAUUACAGAUCUUCGACGACGAAUAAUUGGCGAAGAGUACGAGCAAAAACUUAAGCAAUUGGCUAAUGAAGCUGGUAUAUAUUUCUAUGAUGAGAGAGAUUUGCGCCGUAUGGGAUAUGACAAGACGCCCGACAUCAAGGUUAUAUUGCCGUUUCUUUACAAAGGGCUUAUAGUUAACUGGAUAGAGAGCAAGGCUAAUUUCGGAGAUCCCAAAAGCCACAAAUGGAAUAUACAGCAGCAAUUAUUGAGUUAUUGCAAUCGUUUUGGACCUGGUAUUAUUAUCUAUUGGUUUGGAUAUCAUGAAAAAACGCCGCAGCUACCGGAUAAUAGUAUUGGUAUAACAAUUCUAGCAGAUUUUCCCGAUCGCGAGCAUUUGGAUUUCAUGCAGAUGCCUGAAUUACCGACUCCUGUAUAAGCUUUUUCCAUUUAACUUCUUGAUACAC